AUGCAAUUGUUAAAUAAGAUUAAAGAAAAUAGAGACAUUCUUUUCGGUGCAUUCUCUAACAAACUAAGAAAACAAGAUAAAAUAGAAAAGUGGAAAGAAAUGGCAAUAAUGGCCCAAAGUAUUUGUUUACUUCUUGCAGAUAAGGAUUGGACCUAUCUUAAAAUUGAUAAUGCGAAGAAAACUGGAACCGGUGGAAUGGGAAUGUUAACUGAAGUUGAUAAUAUGGUAUUAGAAAUAAUUGGGAAAGAGUAUCCUGUAAUUUGUGGGCUAGAAGUUGCUGAGUCGUUCGAAAAACAUCAGGAACAGUCAUGUGAAACAAUCCCAGAGGAUGACUCUGAAAGUAUUGUCAACAAAAGCCGACCAUUCAGUGAACACGUGACCCCAUCUACUUCAAAAGAAACCUAUGGAAAACGAAAACGAGUUACCGCAAACAAUGCAUGUACAGACAAUACAUCUGCUUUAAAACAAGAAAAGCUCACGUUGCAAGUUGAAUACCUCAAACUGAAAAAUUAUAGAACUAAACUGGAAAUACGAAAAUUAGAGCAGGAACUCCAACUGCUUAUAUCUGAGUUUACGUCAACGUUACCACAACAUAAUUAUGAAAUUGAAAAUGGCAGAUGCUAUCAAAAUUUGUAA